CGUUUGACCAGGCAGGAUGCGAAGUCACAUCAGUCCGAGUGGGAGCGAGCGGCAGGAUCUCUCCCGGGAAAGACUGCGAUGAUGACUCCCAUGGCGCAUCUGUGUCUUCUGGCACUCCUGCUCAGCUCUGCUGGCGGGUCGAGCCUGGACGCCAAGAGGAUCCCGUUUGAGAACGUGGUGCUGGAGGUGCAAGAGGGCACGCCCGUACCCUACGCCCUCUGCCAGUUCCAGGUGAGCCAUCCGGGCGUGGACGCUUUCAGGCUGAAUGGCGAAGGCGCCGACGCCGACGCCAUCAAGAUUUCAGCUGACGGUUGGCUUUACUUGGACAAACCUCUGGACUGGUCCCGCAAUGACAACUACCUUGUUGCGGUGGAGGCGUUGGCGGACAACGAGGUCGCGGAGGGGCCGAUUUACGUGACCGUCAACGUUCUGGACGUCAACAACCACGCUCCGUACUUCAACCAGAGUUACUACACCGCCGUGGUCCGAGAGAAGACUCCAGCAGGUGUCCCGUUCGCUCGCGUGUUCGCGUUGGAUCAAGAUGACCCCAGCACUCCCAACGCUCAGCUGACCUACAGCCUGGUCAGCCAGAUCCCCAACCGACACAACACGCCGCUCUUCCAGGUGGACCCCGACACGGGCGAGAUCUCCACGAGCCAGCAAGGCGAGCGCACGCUUGAGGCCAGAGCGACAAUCCAGUUCGCCAGAGGAGAAGACGUUGGCGGCGGCGGCGGCGGCGGCGCUCUCAAGGCAAAGUUCGAAGACUACUGUCCCUCGCCGAACAUCCCCUACGAAGAAAACCCUUUCUUCGCCUGUGUGGAGAGAGCAGAGAUGAGACGCAGGAACCUUGACCCCCUGGAGGACCCGGACUACACGUUAAUCGUGAAGGUCCAGGACAUGGGCGGCGCGUCCGAAACGGCGCUGAGCGGCAGCACCAGGGUGCACAUCGCCGUGCAGCCCAACCUGUGGGUCAACCCCGGCACCGUCGCCAUCCAGGAGCACCUGGAGGGAACCUACCCUCGAGUUAUCGCCGAGGUUCAGUCCAAUGAGCCCGGCGCCAUCUACAGGCUUGUGCAGAAAGAGCGAGAGCUGAGGUUCCCCUUCCAGAUCAUGGAAGAUGGAGAAAUUCUGCUUACGGAGGAGCUGGACAGGGAGGAGAAGGACAUGUACAUCCUGGUGGUGAUGGCCGAGGACGAGUAUCAGAACCAGUUGGAUCCCCCCAUGGAGAUCCAGGUGGUGGUGGAGGACGUGAACGACAACGCGCCCGCGUGUGCCCAAGAGGAGAGCGUGUUCGAGGUGCAGGAGGACGAACCCAUAGGCAGCCUGAUCGGACAACUGAUGGCCCACGACGCCGACGAAGCGGAGACCUUGAACGCCCUGCUGACGUUCGCCAUCGUGUCCCAGCAGCCGUCCACGUCGGCCGAAGCCUUCGCCAUCGACGCCGCCUCCGGACGAAUCCAAGCGCUGCGCUCGUUCCAGCGCCGAGACCUUCAGGUGUACAAGCUGGACGUUAGAGUCAGUGAUCCAGUUUACAGUGUCAUCUGCAAGGUCGUGGUCAAGGUCAUCGAUAUCAACAACGAGCUGCCCGUGUUUGAAAAGAAUGACUACGGCAGCUCGACGGUGGCCGAGGACGCCGCCGCGGGACAAACGGUGCUCAGCGUCCGCGCGUCCGACGACGACGACGCGGACAGCGGCAGCUCCUUCAUCGAGUUCCACAUCUCAGCCGGCGACGACGACCACGUGUUCGCCGUGGAAACGGACUGGAAAGGCGUCGGCCACGUGGUCAUCGCGAAGCCUUUGGACUUUGAGAGCUCGACCUCCUACAAGUUGAAGAUCGACGCCCGCAACCCGGAGCCUUUGGUGAGCGGCCUGGAGUACGGCGCCCGAUCCAGCGCCUUCGCCUCGGUGUCCGUCAGCGACGUCGACGAGGUUCCGGAAUUCGGCGCCGACGUCUCGGACGUGGCCGUGCCCGAAAACAUCACCGAGGGGGCCGUGCUGCUCACGGCGGAGGCCCGAGACCCCGAAGGCAAAGAGAUUCGUUUCAAGAUGGAGGGCGACACCGCAGGCUGGCUGGAGAUGGACGAAGCCACGGGACAAAUCAGGACCAAAGCCAAGCUGGACAGAGAGACUCUGGAGACCUUCGACGUCACCGUCACCGCCUACGAGAAGGAUAACCCCGAGAUGUUCGACGAGCGCGUGGUGUCGGUGAGGCUGCUGGACGUGAACGACAACAUCCCCAAGCUGACGGAGACCCAGGCCUUCAUGUGCCUGCAGAAGCCCGAGGAGGUGUUCCUCAAGGCUCGCGACCCGGACGCCGCCCCCUUCUCGCAGCCUUUCGCCUUCGCCUUCGCCCACGGCAAGAAAUCCCACAACUGGGAACUGCAAACCGUCGACGGCACCACGGCGAAGCUGAUGCUGAAGAAAACACCCACUGAGGACAGAACCUUCUCCCUGCUCAUCAACAUCAAAGAUAAUGCUGGAAUGGGAGUCACGCAGUCCUUUGAGGUGCAAGUGUGCACGUGCACGGAGCUGGGCUACUGCUACGUGGCGCCGGCCGAGCACGCCUUCAAAUACGGACCGGGAAUCACCAUCGGCAUCCUGGCGGCGGUUUUGGGAUUCUGCGUUCUGGCCUUCAUCGUAGCGGCCAAGCGUUCCAGCAAAGGCGGGAAGAAGAGCGGCGAGCUGGAGAGGAACGCCUUAAUGUAGACACCAGCACACAUUUGUACUCUUUUCGUGUCACGUGAGGACUUUCUCGCUUGGGUGAACGACAUUUCGAAGAAACGUGUACAUUGGAAAAGGUUUGCUUCACUGCCAGCAGUCACCACAGUCAUUUUGUUUUCUUGAGCAUGUUGUAUUUACUAUAUACAUAUAAAGCACAAUGAAUAAAUUAAAGACGUGAUGGAAUGUUGCCAAGCAGGAUGAAUCAUGUCAGGUGGUGCCACUCUAAUUUAUUGACGUGGCCCCAUCGCCGUGUAAACGCCUUUGACAUCAAAAUGUUGAAUGUACGUCGAGAAAGUUGUUUUGGGCAAUCACUGUUCAAUGUUUUCUUAAUAAACAAAACA